CUCUGGUCUUUUUUCAGGUUGACAACUUUUCACAACUUCACACAAACCUGAAAAGCUCCCUCUAUGAAGGCGAAACACGGGUGCGUUCGAUCUAAGGAGUAUUGCAACCCGCCAGAUCCGCGAAACACGGAUAUGUGCAUGAUGCGCCGCGGCUGCGGCCCACGCUGAUAGAACGCGCGUUUGACAGGAGAUGCAAAGUCACUUCCUCCUGCGCGCGGACCUCACCCCCCGCGGCGCCGCUGCCCAGCCUCGGCGCGAACGGCCGGAGCGCGGCCGCCGUGCGCUGAUCGCCCGAAGUCGGCCGAAGCGGCCCGAUGCCCUUUCGCGACGCGAUGAAGGUUGCAGAUAAGUUUCCAGACAUCUGAGCCCGCGACAACAGGAAGCGAGAGAAAGGAGCGCCACUGACAGAACUGAAACCAGCGUCGGCGAAGCUUCAGUGCCAUGCUCUCCAUCUGUGUGUGAGCUGAGGCGAUGAGCAGCCCGUCCUCCAUUGUGAGGCGGAGGGCCUGGAUCAACAGCAGCCGCCAGUGGCCCACUGUGGAGGACCUGGACCCCGAAGGGCCGCUGUGUAACCUGCGAUCGGCCUCUAUUUCAGACGAUGACGUCUUUUCUGAUGGAUGCGUCACAGGAAAGAUUGAGACAUGGCUCCAGCGCUGUGGACCGGGUGCCUGCUUGGAGCCGGGUCAGCUGAGUGUCGAGUCUGUGCUCAGAGCCAGUAACCUUGACGACGACCUGAGUCUCGGUGCUGAUGCUUCUGUGUUGAACAGUGGGGAAAUUACGUUUGACGCCGGCCUGACGCCGCGCUUUCCCUCCAAGCGACGCCACAGCACGCUCACCAGCAGCACGCCUCGUCCGGGACUAUGUCUGCCGUCGCUCAGCCUCGGCCACAGCCUGGCCUCCAGCUGCCUCUCCUCCUCCACAUGCAAAACCACAUCAAGUGUGUCAGAGGUUCUGCAGAUGUGUGCGGAGGAUGCAGCGGAGACGCUGUACGAACUGGGCUUUGGCUGCGAUGAGCCUCAGGUCACAGUCCGCAUCCCCCCUCGCUUCUUCACCUUCCCCUCGCACGCUCGAGGCAUCAACUUCCGCCUUUUCCUGGACUCACAGAUAAGACGCAUACGAGAGGAAGACCCCAGCCUUUCCCUCGCUAGUCGCUUCAGGCAGGUUCAAGUGCUCACAGCGAUGGCCAAUGCCUUUUACGAGCUCUACUCCCACGUGUCCCGCACCCCCCUGCAGAAACUGGCCACGCCGGAGUUCUCGCUCUCGUCGCCCGUGGAGCGGAUCGAGCGCUUCAGGAGCAGCGUUCGCAGCGAGCCGCGCUCGCCGGUGGAGAGGCUGAAGGACACGGUCUCCAAGAUGUGCCUGUACACGGGCUCUCCCCGCGGCUCCGACUCCACCUCGCCGCAGGCGUCGCCCAAGAAGCGGGCCAGCCUCCCUGACGUGGUGGGCGCCGUUCUGAGAGUCAGGCCCGGCGCGGCCAAGAACCUGGAGCUGGAGGAUUGUAAUAGGAGCCGAUCGGCUGUGGACGUGAGGCUAGCUACAACCGCUAACCCUGAGACACAAUGGCUCACAGAGCAGACUGUGGUGGAUACAGACGCUCGUCAGUACAGAAAUAAGCUCUAUCAGAUGGAUAUGAAGAGCAAUAAACAAUUAGAUAAUGAUGACGGUGAUGAGAGCAGAGUGAGAACGUCUCUAGCGUCAUCGUUAUCAGGGGAAACCGUGAUAGAAAUGGUUCAUCAGGUUCCUCCACGUCCACCGGAGUUGGAGUUGGACUGUUCCCCUCAGGGCGACACCAGGAAAGCUGAUGUGAAACCAGCCGCCAAGGCUACGUACGAGCUAAUCUGCCCGCAGAUAGUGGAGAGCGUGCACCAGGCGCCGUUCUGCUGCCAGCGCACGCUCCGUCCCAAAACAGACAGGUCUCCAGACGCCGCCGGGCCGGAACCCCGGCUCGCGUCGCGUCUCGCCUCACGCAAGCGAACCGCGGCGCCCGAGCCCCAGGAGGACGCAUCCACCUCGCUCUUCUCCGUCCCGGCCCCGGGCGGCAGCUACACCCAUUACUGCAUCACCGUGAGAGCCCCAGAUUCCGGUCCCGUUCCACGCGUCCCGCCCGUCCAGACGUGCGAGGAGUCCUUCACCGUGGGGACGAGCCAGUACCUGAACCCGCUGACACAUCGGGUCCUGGGGCAGGUCUCCACUAACCUGCGACAGGUCAACUCUUUUGAGCUGGAGGAGGUGCAUAGUGCUGGUGAAGAUGAUUUAGGACCAUCAGAACCUAUAAGAACUUCGCUGUCGACCACCAAGCAUCAGUCCAAAGGUGAAGUGGUCCGGGGCGACAGCGUGCAGUCGGACAGCAGCGGCUACGCCGAUGAAGAGCCUCUCGUCAGACAGAUAUUAUAGAGGAGGACAUCCAAACAGGGCUUUCGCUCACUGGUGGAACUUUUCCUCCUCUUUCUACAGUAAAUGAGUGGGAAAUUGCAUCCAGACAAGACAGAGACCGCACCCAAGAACAAAAAGCAAGCUUACAUCAUAUCAUCUAGUCAUCAUAGUCUUAAUAAUAUAUAUUAUAUA